AUGACGGAUAAAACAACUAUCAGCCAUCUUCCACUUCUUACAAAAGUCAACUUUCAGAACUGGAAGAAUGUCAUGUUUUCAUUCUGUCUCAGACAACAAGUCGAUGCCCAUCUUCUAUCCAAUCUUGUUCUUGGCGAGAAAGAUGCUGUAACCAAAGCGGCUUUAGAAGAUAAGAAAGCAAAUGCUGCUGGAAUUCUUGGUGGUAAUUUAGGCUUAGAAAACUAUGCUAAGUUCAUUACCGACAAAAACGUCAGGGAACCUCAUCUGAUCUGGUUGGCUUUACUUCAACACUUUCAAUCCAACUCUUCUCAAAAUCAAGUGGUCGUUUAUCAAGAUUUCUUGAAAAUCGGUUUCAAUUCCACUUUAGAACAAUUCAUCAAGGACAUAGACGUCGGAAUAUCAAAUCUUUGUUUGGUCGGAAUCAAGAUUGUCAAGUUUGAGAAAAGUCCUCUUGAUCUGGAUUUGAUCAAAGAAUAUCUGAAUUCAAAACAAUUGAGUACGACUGGUAUUCCAUCAAACUCAAUUGAUUCCUCUCAUGUCAAGACAGAAUCGGCAAUGAAGACGAUAAUCACAUACUGUGAAAAUGGACAACACAACAAGUCAGCUCAUCAUAGUAGAACUAAUUGUUAUCAGCUUCAUCCUGAGAAAGCUCCUGAAUCCUACAAGAAUCACAAGUCUAACUCUGGGAAGAAGAAAGCCAAUGCUGUCACAUUGUCGGACAACAUCAGUGGUGUAUACAUUUGCGUCUCCGAUGUGCCAGAAACUCCCCACUCCUGA